AACACGGCGAGGAUAAAGCAAGAUGGCGUCUGACGGUGAAGACGUUAUUGCAGUCGUCACAGUUCAAUGUUCUUAAUCUGUGCCUCCAUGGACACAUAUAUGUCCUUUAUUACACUCUAGUAAAUAGAGUAAACAUCGUUAAUAACUGUUUGCAUCCGGUUAUAUUAGUCUGAGCGCACUUUGAUGCUUCUCGAGCUAGAUUAGCUUGCUAGUUAGCUUAGCUUGUUAGCUGCUAACAAAGAGAGGCGGAAGUGAUCAAAACACAUCACUAAGUAGAGAUCAAGUGUGAGUGUAAAGUGUUGUGAUUGUGUGAAAAUGUGCCAAAGAACCACAGCAGAGUACGAGGAGGAACUUUGUCCAACAAAAGAGGAGAAGGAGCGACAACAUGAAAAACAUCAAGUUGUGUUGCACAGAACAGACAUCCAUCAGCUGAUUGGACACCAAGAAGAAUGUCUCCCUCAUCUGCAGGGGGACAGUUUCACUGUAAAGUAUCCACAGCCCUCACAUUUUAAAGGGGACAAGGAGGUUCCACAGCCCUCUUAUUUCAAAGAGGAAGAGGAGGGAGAGUGUCCUGUAGGGCAGGAGGAGGCUGAUGUCAGCAAGUUUCCACUGACUGUUGUCUCUGUGAAGACUGAAGAGCAUGAAGACAAACCACCUGAGUCCUCACAGCUUCAUCACAGUCCAAACGUCCAGCAGCCCCCUCACACUAAAGAGGAAGAGGAGAUACCACAGCCCCCCCACAUGAAAGAAGAAGAGGAGGAAGUGUGGAUCAGUCAGGAGGGAGAGUGUCCUGUAGGGCAGGAGGAGGCUGAUGUCAGCAAGUUUCCACUGACUGUUGUCUCUGUGAAGACUGAAGAGCAUGAAGACAAACCACCUGAGUCCUCACAGCUUCAUCACAGUCCAAACGUCCAGCAGGUGUCAGCAGAGAGUCAUGAAGAGAUCCCCUCCAAGCAGCAGGAGUGGAGCUCCAGUGUGGGACAGAAGGAGCUACAGACCCCCUCCCACAUUAAAGAGGAAGAGGAGGAACUGUCGAAGCAGCUUCAAAUGUUGGUGGAGGAUAAUGAUGAAGCUGAAGCUCAGUCUUUACAGCUUCAUCACAGUCAAAGUGAGGAGAACAGAGGGGCGGAGCUUGUAAGUCAACACAUCACAGAAGCUGAUGGAGAGCAUUGUGAACAUAUAAAGUCAGAACCAGACAGCAUCUUUGCUCCACUGUCAGACAUUGACCACAUGAUGUCAGACUCUUCUGAUCACAGUGACCACAUCCAAAAACCUUUGAAGAGUAAAAAUGACUCUAAAGGUGAUACGAGACAUCACACUAACAACAAACACUUUGACUGCUCUGAAUGUGGGAAAUCAUUUAGACACAAGAGUUAUAUUACAAUACACAUGAGAAUACAUACUGGAGAGAAACCUUUUAUUUGCUCUGUCUGUAAGAAGAGUUUUUCCAUUAAGCCUGCCAUGACCAGACACAUGAGAACACACACUGGAGAGAAACCUUUUACUUGCUCUGUUUGUAAGAAGAAUUUUUCCAGAAAGUCUAACAUGUCCUCACACAUGAGAACACAUACUGGAGAGAAACCUUUGACUUGCUCUGUUUGUAAGAAGCGUUUCUCCACAAAGCAAAAUAUGGUCACACACAUGAGAACACAUUCUGGAGAAAAACCUUUUACUUGCUCUGUUUGCAAGAAAUGUUUCUCCAGAAAGCCUGACAUCUCCAUACACAUGAGAACACACACUGGAGAGAAACCUUUUACUUGUUCUGUUUGUAAGAAGAGUUUCUCCACAAAGUCUAACAUGUCCUCACACAUUAAAACACAUACUGGAGAGAAACCUUUGACUUGCUCUGUUUGUAAGAAGCGUUUCUCCACAACGCAACAUAUGAUCACACACAUGAGAACACAUACUGGAGAGAAACCUUUUACUUGCUCUGUUUGUAAGAAGUCUUUCUCCAGAAAGCCUGACAUCUCCAUACACAUGAGAACACACACUGGAGAGAAACCUUUUACUUGUUCUGUUUGUAAGAAGAGUUUCUCCACAAAGUCUAACAUGUCCUCACACAUGAGAACACAUACUGGAGAGAAACCUUUGACUUGAUCUGUUUGUAAGAAGACUUUCUCCACGAAGCCUAACAUGACCACACACAUGAGAACACAUACUGGAGAGAAACCUUUUAUCUGCCCUGUUUGCAAGAAGCAUUUCUCCACAAAGCUUGUCAUGACCACACACAUGAGAACACACUGGAGAAAAACCAUUUAGUUGCACUGUGUGUGAUAAGACGUUCUGGCAUAAGUAUCAGGUCAGUAAACACAAGUGUGUAACAGUCAUGGAAGCUGCAGGGAUUUAAAAACACUUAGUGAUUGUGCUAAAUGUACUUUAAAAACACAGCAUGUUUAAUAUGAAUGUAUAUUUGAUGUUGUAUGUAGUGCCUCUCAUCUUCUACUGUUAAAUUUAAAGGCCUACUGAAAGCCACUA